AUGAAGAAUCCAGGGCCGAUCCCGCCAACUAAGGCCUCCGGAAGGGCCAUGAAGUUUGCUACGACUAAGGAGGAUAUGGCGCGGGAGGAGGUGCAGGAAGAUUUGGUGUCCCUCGUCGCACGGAAUUACAUGAAGUCUUCGUACACAAACAUGACGCUUAUAAAUCACCACGGCGUCGGGUGCGAGGUGGAUAAGGACGACCUCAUGUCGAUCGAGGAUGAUCAGUGGAUCACUGAUGGUGUGCUAGACUUUCACAACAUGCUGCUUAGCAUCUGGAAGCCGACUCUCCGUGACGGGAAAACAUGGGCUGCCUUGGACUGCAAGGUGUACUUCCAGACGAACUCGUGUGGUGCGCCUUUGACGCUGGGGAACGGGCUUCCUCUACUGCAGCACGACUAUCUCGCGAUCCCUGUGCUAGAGGGGUACGUAUCACAAUGUGCGUUUGUCGAAGUGCAGGAGGAUAAGCUGCCACAGCAGCCGAACAAGCAGGACUGUGGGAUUUUUGUUUGCCAGUACCUGAAGACCCUGGUGAUGUCCGACUUCACCACGUUAUUGAGCGGGCUCUGGUUUCAUGGAGUGACGCCGCACCAAUACCGGCGGGAGAUGCGGCGCGACUUGUGCGCACACGCGACCGGAGAUCUCAUUCAGCAGUUGGAAGCGCUGGGGAUCGAAAUUCCCCCGCAGGACGCAGGCCGGGUAACAGAGGGGGAGACAGUAGUGCGGGAGAGGAACGGUGGUAUCGAAGAUGUGAGGCAAGCACCGGUCAGUCAAGCCGGGGAUGACGCACGGGUUACGGCGAUGAUGAGGGAAAUUGCGACUAUGAAGAACGAUGUGAUGUUCCUGGACGCGAGCUUCACCGUCAUAUCCAAUUUUGUGGGAUUGAGGCGCGAGGAGGUGGUGUCCGCUGCAACCCAACUACUGAUGCAAGGCAACCCCGUAAGAUCCGGCGCGAAAGCAGAGGCAGGUGGCACCAAGAAUGCCCCACAGACUCCACAGCGUCCAUCCGGGCGCAAAAGGCUUGUUGACAGCAGUCCAGAGGAGGAUGUCGUACGCAAUGCCACCCGUGUUGCGCUGGCCUCAUCGUUCGCUGCAUGUGAUCCGACAGCGUGCUUGCUGCAAAACCCGCUGAUGUCGGGAGGGACCAUACCUCACUGGAUGUUCACCCGCGGGAGACCGCUGCUCGGGGUGACGGUGCGGGCUGGAGCUGAUGCGUGGGGAGAUACGAGCGGCCACGAGACGGUGAAUGCAGAAGAAGAGGAGGAUCUCGUGUCAGACACGGAGGACGAAGAGGAUGGUGACGACACGUGUGCAACGAAGUACACAGGAGUGAAGUUGGAGAAAGCAUCAGGCAAGUUUGGCGUGAAGAUCCUGAUCAAAGAAGGAGGAAAGCGUAGGCAACAGCGGCUGGGUGCAUACACAUCGGAGGAGGAGGCGGCGUAUGCGUACGCCGCAGGUGCGUUUGUCCUGUGGCCACGAGACAAGAUACCCAACACGGUCAGUCUGUCAGCCGCAAAGAAGGCGAUGCUGCGUGGAUGCACCAAGGAAGAUCUGCAGCUCCUGGUGGAAGCGCGGAAGUGGUGGAGGUGGCGGAGCUGGCGGGAGGCGAGGGAGGGCGUGAACUGGAAGAUGAAACAAGGGAGGAAGCGAGUGGUUCCCACGCGCACACCAAAGAGGCAGAGGGUGGUGGAUAGAAACAAGGCGGUCAACGAACCAGACGACCCUGACAAUGCUGAGAGUGGGGGAACGGCCCCUGUGCACAACGGUAGCAGCGGGUGCGCUCGGCACAAGGAAGCCGAGGAGGGUGUCGAAGAGUAUGCUGCACAUGAGAUGUUGGCAGAACAUCCUGCGUAG